ACAGAAAUGUGGACUAUUUUGCUGUUCCUCUCAAUACAGCCCAGUUCUGCUGAAGAAGUAAUGCUGCUGGACACUACUGAAUCUACUUCUGAACUUGGUUGGACAACUUAUCCAGACACCGGGUGGGAUGAAGUGAGUGUGCUCGAUGACAAGGGCAAGCUCAUCCGCGCCUUUGAGGUGUGCAAUGUCAAUCAAAACAGUCGUAUCCAUGACAGCUGGCUCGCUACACCCUUUUUGUACCGCCAGUUUGCAUCGCGGAUCUUCGUUACACUGCGCUUUUCUGUGCGUGACUGCGCAAGUCUGCGCACACCAUCGUCCACCUGCAGGGAGACGCUUACGCUCUACUACAGACAGGCCGACUCCCAGAAAGAGCUGGAAAGGACCUGGAGUGCUGAGGCUUCCAGUGGAGAGACUAGAGAGGGCUGGGUGAAGAUAGACACUAUUGCAGCGGACAAGAGCUUUAGCCGAGUGGAGCCGAGUCUUCCCCACCAGUACAAACCCGACCGGAUCCGGCGCAUUAACGUCAAGACGCGCAGCUUUGCCCCCCUCACACGCCGCGGGUUUGUGCUGGCCAUAGUGGACAGUGGAGCCUGCAUAUCACUCAUGGGUGUGUCAAUAUUUUACCGCCGCUGUCCAGCAACGACUCUAUACCUCGCCUCUUAUCUGGCCACAGCUUCAGGGGCUGAGCCGACGGCUCUGGUGCCAGUGACGGGGACUUGCGUACCUCACAGCCAAUCACAGGGUGGCACUGCUCCUCGGAUACACUGUAAUGCAGAGGGGGAUUGGAUGGUGCCUGUAGGAGGGUGCACGUGUAAUGCAGGAUAUGAGCCAAAUAAAAAUGCAUCCGCCUGUCUUGGCUGUGCGGUUGGCUUCUAUAAAGCCAUUGUGGGUUCGGUUCCUUGUAGCGAGUGUCCAUCAAACAGCAGAACCAGCUUCGAAGGUUCAAAAGUGUGCGAGUGUCGUAGCGGAUUCUACCGGGCACCCAGUGACGCCAACACCACUGCCUGUACAAGCCCCCCCUCAGCCCCUCAGUCUCUUUCCUGGGAGUACGAGAGCUCAGAGGGUGGAGUGUCUCUACGCUGGAAGCCACCGCUGGACCUGGGAGGUCGGAAUGAAGUGUUUUAUGCCGUGGUGUGUCGCAUAUGCCCCUCUGUCACACACACUCAAUCCAGUACCUGCUCCUGGUGUGGUGAAAUGAUCAAAUACACGCCUGCUCAAAGUGGCCUAAAACAAACAAAAGUCACUCUCAGCAAUCUGCUUACACGAGUCACUUAUCUUAUACAAGUUCAAGCUAUGAAUGAUGUAUCUGCUCUCAGUCCUUUCCCACCACAGUUUGCUAGUAUCAACUUCACAACCAGCCAAUCUGUACCUUCUGAGGUUCCUAUACUGCAUCAGUUAAGCAGAACUUCAGACUCAAUUACUCUGUCUUGGCCUCAACCAGAUCGGCCCAACGGGGACAUCAUAGAGUACCAGCUCAGAUACUAUGACAAGAGCUCUGAUGAGAACAGUGCAAUGAGUGUGUUCAGUGAGACCAACACGGUGACAGUCACUGCUUUGAUCCCAGGCUCAAUUUACGCCUUUCAGAUCCGUGCCCGCAACGAAAGAGGCUACGGUCCUUACAGCCAUCUCACCUACUUCAGCACUCUAGCUAUGGAGGAACGGUCGAGGCAGAUUCAAAGCCGGCUUCCUCUGCUCGUGGGAUCUGUGAUGGGUGGAUCAGCAUUUCUAUUAGUUGUGGCAGCAGUUAUUGUGGUGUUUGUCUUCAGGACUAAAAGGAGAGAGAGCCAUUACAGUGACCGACUUCAAAGAUAUAUAAGCAACCGAGCUGGUGUGAAGUAUUAUGUAGACCCUUCCACAUAUGAGGACCCAAGUGAAGCUGUCAAAGAAUUCGCCAGAGAAAUUGACCCUGCUCACCUUAAGAUUGAGGAAGUCAUUGGUGCUGCUCAGUUUGGAGAGGUGUCUCAGGGCCGAUACAGACCCAUGGGUCGUAGAGAAGUGCUUGUAGUGGUGAAGACUCUGCGCUGGGGAGUCACAGAGCGUGAGAGAGGAGUUUUUCUCACUGAGGCAGGAGUUCUGGGCCAGUUCGACCACCCCAACGUGCUGAAGCUUGAGGGUGUGAUCACGCAAACUCCUCCUGAGCGCAUCAUUACUGAGUUCAUGGAGAAUGGUCCUCUGGAUGCGUUUCUCAGGGAGAAUGAGGAUCAGUUUAGUGUACUGCAGCUGGUAGGAAUGGUGAGAGGUGUUGGAGCAGGAAUGCGUUACCUUUCAGAGAGGAACUUUGUGCACCGUGACCUGGCAGCUCGCAACGUUCUGGUCAACUCAAACCUGGUUUGUAAGAUUUCAGAUUUCGGGCUGUCACGUAUCAUGAAGGACUUGGAUCACAACAUGCCUACUUACACUGCAUCAUCGGGAAGUAAGAUUCCUAUAAGGUGGACAGCACCAGAGGCUUUCCAGAAUCGCAAAUUUAGCUCAGCUAGUGAUGUGUGGAGCUUUGGGAUCCUUAUGUGGGAGGUUAUGUCAUAUGGAGAACGGCCAUACUGGGACAUGAGCAACCAGGAGGUAAUGAAGGCAGUUGUUGACCAGUAUCGUCUUCCUGCUCCUACCGGUUGCCCUCCUGCACUGCACGCUCUGAUGCUACAGUGUUGGCAGGCUGAUAGGCAAGACCGGCCCAAAUUUGAUGCUCUUCUCUCCUCGUUGGACCGUCUCAUACGACACCCUGCCUCUCUUAAGGCUGAGUAUGCUCGUCCCACACAGCCCCUGCUUAGCCCAACACCCACAGACCUAUCAUCAGUGACUACAGUCAGUGAAUGGCUAAUUGCACUGAGGAUGGACCGCUACAGGGACAAGUUUGAGAGAGCACAGCUGCACAGCCUGGAGAGAGUGAGCAUGCUCACUAUGGAGGAAGUACAGGCUUUGGGAGUAAACCUCCUGGGUCAUCAGAAGAAAAUUGUUCAUGCAGCACAGCAGCUCAGGACUCAUCUUACUCAGGGACAGGUGGAGGUGUAGAGGCCUAAAAACCUCUUUGCCUGUGAACUUUAAUGCAGAUGUACAGUCCAAAACCUAAUCCAGUCUGCACACAAGCCUACAACUACCCUGCAACAAAGAAGAAUUGAAAGAAUGAGGAGAUCAGGCAUAACGAGAACUGCAGUUUUUGUUUUUUGUUUUUUUGACUCAUUUAUAUUUCAGUGAUUUUUUUCUUUCAUGCUUUUCUGUUUUUCUGUCCAUUUUCUUCUCUUGGCUACUG